AUGGCUAAAUCUAACGGGCCCCAGCCAUCUGGGAUGGAAUAUAAACCAGUCAACAAGCUAAAACGACAGCAGCUCCAUAUCAGACGCAAGCAGACCAAGGACGCAGAGACACGAGCAUUGCGCUUUGCCAGACGGAAGGAAGAAGCAAAGAACCCGAAAUUGAAAGCGGAACGAUUGAAGCGGAAUGUACCCUUGACAUUGGAGAGAAAGCGAGUGUGGGAUGACACCGGCAGCGAUGUUGAAGAUGGGCUAGGGUUGAGCUUCGACGUGGAGAGAAUAAAGCGACGAAAACAAGAAGAGGAGCAGGAGAAGGAGGAGAAAGAUGAUUUGAUACCCUCGGGAGACGAAGCUGGUAGCGGUGACGAUGCCUCAGACGAUGUCGACAGUAUGGUUGAUUUCGGCAGCGAUGAGGACGUGGAAGACGGAGAAGAAGACAAACCAAGUCAGAAAUCUGGUCCCCAGACAAGGAAGAACAGAGUCCCAUCCGCCACAGAACGAGCAACGAGCCCUACACAGUCGACUCGAAGCACGAAUAUUGAUUUUGCGCCUGAUGCGCUUGCUGCGAAAUUCCCCAGUCUCUUCCCAACCGAAACUCCUCCACCACCUAAAAUACUAAUCACGACCUCGCUAAAUUCCACCCUUCACCAGCAAGCCAAACUUCUAACAGAGUUUUUCCCUAACAGUGUCUAUAUCCGCCGCUCGGCGCAUAGAUAUAGUCAUAAAUUCUCCAUACGAGAGAUUUCAUCCUUUGCCGCCAAUCGAAACUAUACCGCUGUUGUGGUGUUGGAGGAGGACCUGAAACGUGUCUCGGGCCUGACUAUAGUACACCUUCCCGUUGGACCGACAUUUCAUUUUUCCAUUAGCAACUGGAUAGAGGGCAAAAAGCUCCCUGGACACGGAAAUCCAACCGGCCACUGGCCUGAACUUAUCCUUAACAAUUUCCGGACUCCGCUUGGCCUAUUGACCGCUCACUUAUUCCGCACCCUGUUUCCACCACAGCCGGAGUUACAGGGGAGGCAAGUGGUGACAUUGCAUAAUCAGCGUGAUUAUAUAUUUGUCAGGCGGCAUCGAUAUAUGUUCCGCGACAAGAGAGAGACUGAGAAAUGCGUAGUUGACGCUAAUGGGGUAGAGAUGAAGGGUGUGGAGGGGAUUCGUGCAGGUUUACAAGAGCUAGGCCCACGUUUUACUCUAAAACUACGGCGAAUCGAUAAAGGGAUUCAGAGGAAGAGUGGUCAAGAUUGGGAGUGGAAGGGCCGCAUGGAAAAAGUCCGAACGAAAUUCCAACUUUAG